UUUUAUCUUGUACUGUAUUCAUAAGACGACGCCAUGCUCUCCUAUACGAUUUACCGGCAAAAUAAGGCGUUGUUACUUACAUUAACAUUACUCGAUUUGCUUAUAACGGUGACGUCGAAUGAGAGACAUAAAAGGUACCUAGUGUACCCAGACGGUGGGCCCGCCAGAGCUCAGUUUAUCAUAGGUUUGGGUAUACCUGUUGAUUUAAAAGAAGCUUCAGUUACUGUUGGUACGGUUAUAAAAUUUCAAUAUGACUUACCGACAAACAGUACUGAAUACACAAGCAGAAUAUAUGGUUUUGCUAAUACAGUAGCCAGUAGAGAUAUGAUUGAUAACCCAGAAAUUGACAACGAAGACAGCGAAAAAAACACAAAGGAUGUUACAAAUUCACUGGAUGAAAAUAUCAUUGAUGAUGAGAAUGAUAAUAAUGAUACAUUAGUUGAUAUAACAUUUGGCGAAGAAAGAAGUCGUAGAUCUGUGGCUUAUGCAGAAGGUGGCACUUUAGUUGAUGUUAAUGUGACAGGUGUCGAUGAUGAUUUGUCACUGCAAGAAGCUAUUGAAAGGCAAGAAAAAAUAGACCAAAACUUUAUAGACGCCAAAGAACGUCAAACAAUAAACAGAUGGGAUUUUUAUAAAAUAUUAGAACACAUGUCUGAAAGGUAUGGCUAUUCAGGCAGACCUUGCAUGCUCCGAACAAUUUGUGAAGCAGCCGAAGUUCCAUUCACCCACGAAAAUGGUUUGCUAGCUGAAAUUGGUCAUAUACUUUUCACACCAUCGACUACUACGGACUCCCUAUCACACCACACAGACAAUGAGUAUCAUGCCGCGGAGAAGCUGGGCAGCGAGAGAGGCGUAGACUGCGAGGCACUGUUUCCUGAAUGUGAAGGCUCCAUCCUUGAAACCUUUACAGAGAUAGGAGAGAAGACUCUUCAUAGCUUCGGAUUUUAAUAUAUCAAU